AUGUCCAACCCCGAGUACCCCGAUGGGUUGGUAGGGCCCUUAUCGGAAAUCGGGACCGAUGGCGAGUGCGAAGAUUCCCGGGAGAUCGAUCCCACGAGUGGUGUAAAGCGCGGGUUGAAGACGAGGCAUCUAAGCAUGAUGGCACUUGCUGGUAUCAUCGGACCUGGUCUACUCGUUGGAGCGGGAGGUGCUCUGGCGAGUGGUGGUCCGGCUUCGUUGUUGAUUGGGUUCGCUGUCAUUGGAAUUAUUGCUUUCAGUAUUAUGCAGAGUUUAGGGGAACUGACCCAGCAAAGUUACGCUUCCGGUGGCAUCAACGGAACCGAAGGGAUAGGCUUCAAAUACUGGCAUGAACCCGGCCCCUUCGUAGAAGGCUUCAGGGGCGUCGCGACGGUUUUCGUAUUUUGUUCCACCUUUUACGCCGGCUGCGAGUUCAUCGCCGUUGCCGCGACGGAGACCAAGAAUCCCCGAGUCGCGGUACCACAUGCAAUCAGACAAGUGUUCUGGCGUAUCAUUUUCAUCUACCUCGGAUCUGCCUUCUUUUUCGGCCUUACGUGUCCGUCCAAUGCCGAAUAUCUGGUGAACGGCGGAAGCCGGGCCCUGCAGAGCCCGAUGACGAUCGCCAUCCAGAACGCCGGCUGGGAGGGAGGUGUGCAUUUGAUAAAUGCUUUCAUUCUUAUUACUUGUAUCUCCGCGAUUAACAGCUCCAUCUAUAUUGCCUCGCGCACCAUUCUUUUCAUGGCGCAGGACGGCAAGGCACCCAAGUUCUUGGGAGGGACGAAUAAGCGAGGUGUUCCGGUGGCAGUGGUCGUAUUUACAAACGCCUGUGGAGCCCUCUCUCUGAUGAAUAUCAGUACGGGAGCGAGCAGGGCAUACAGCUACAUCGUCAACCUGAGUGGUGUGGCGACAUUCCUGGUGUGGGGAGGUAUUUCGUUCACCCAUAUCCGCUUCCGUUCUGCUUGGAAGGCCCAAGGCUACCGUGAACAAGACCUACCAUUUGUUUCGUUCUGGUAUCCCUGGAAUGCGUACUUUGGGCUGGGGGCCAACAUCUUUCUCGCAUUUGUGCAAGGAUGGACGACACUGAGCCCCUUCGAUGCUGGAAACUUUGUUGAUGCGUAUAUCUUAUUGCCUCUGUUCCCGUUUAUUUACUUGGGGUUCAAACUUGUUUUCCGCACGCGGUUUUGGAGAGCAGAGGAGAUUGAUCUGCAGUCUGGGAGACGGCGCGAUCUUGAUGAAAUUAAGGAAUUGACUACAGGGGAACUUGGCGGUCACCAGACCCUGUGGCAGAGGUUUAUGAAGAACCUCUAA